GAGUCCAGAGCAGAGCGUGAGGGCAGCGGGCGCUGGCGGGCCUCCUGGCAGUCGGCGGGAGCCCCGGGCCGGACGGAGCUAACUGAACUCUCCAACCAACGGGCCCCACGCCCGAGGCUGCAGCAGCUUGGGUCGGAGCCCGAACCAACGGAGCCCGAGACCGGCCCCUGAGGGCAACGCGCUCUGCAGACCAGUGCGGACCCCGAAACUUGAAUGCACUCCCCAGCCCCCUUUUUAUGCCUUCCUUUGUCACUUCUCCACCUUGCUCCCAGCGCGUCCCUUUUUUUUUUCUUUUUCUUCUUUUCUUUCGUCUUCAUUUACCGAAGGACACAAAAGUGGCUUCUUCCGCGGGAAGAUUUGGAGGCGGUGGGAGCUCUCCUCUUGGAAGAGCGACUGUGUAGAAGGGAUUUUUGGGGAGCCGCUUGUGAACACCUUUGCCUUCCGGCCCCCCCUCCGCCCAGCCUCUUUGCACCUCCCGGGGAGCAGAGCCCGUCGAUUGAAAGUUCGGGGGCAUUUUGCUGGGUUCGGCAGAGGAGGGAGGUGGAGGACCUCGUCCUCUUACCGGUAGUUGCCUGGACUUAAUACCGGCCAUUGGAAACCCUGAAGUACAUUUCCGGCGCGAUGUACAAUACGGUGUGGAGUAUGGACCGCGAUGACGCAGACUGGAGGGAGGUGAUGAUGCCCUAUUCGACAGAACUGAUAUUUUAUAUUGAAAUGGAUCCUCCAGCUCUUCCACCAAAGCCACCUAAGCCAAUGACUUCAGCUGUUACAAAUGGAAUGAAGGACAAUUCUGUUUCUCUUCAGGAUGCAGAAUGGUACUGGGGGGAUAUUUCAAGGGAGGAGGUAAAUGACAAAUUACGGGACAUGCCAGAUGGUACCUUCUUGGUCAGAGAUGCCUCAACAAAAAUGCAGGGAGAUUAUACUUUGACUUUGCGGAAAGGAGGCAAUAAUAAGUUAAUAAAAAUCUACCACCGAGAUGGGAAAUACGGCUUUUCUGAUCCUCUGACAUUUAAUUCUGUGGUGGAGCUCAUUCACCACUAUCAUCAUGAAUCUCUUGCUCAGUACAAUCCCAAACUUGAUGUGAAGCUGAUGUACCCAGUGUCCAAAUACCAGCAGGAUCAGUUGGUAAAAGAAGAUAACAUUGAUGCAGUAGGUAAAAAACUGCAGGAGUAUCACUCUCAGUAUCAGGAAAAGAGUAAAGAGUAUGACAGGCUAUAUGAAGAAUAUACCAGAACAUCCCAGGAAAUACAGAUGAAGCGGACGGCAAUUGAAGCUUUUAAUGAAACAAUUAAAAUUUUUGAAGAGCAGUGUCACACACAAGAACAGUAUCGCAAAGAAUAUAUUGAGCGAUUUCGCAGAGAGGGGAAUGAAAAGGAAAUUGAACGAAUUAUGAUGAAUUAUGACAAAUUGAAAUCCCGUCUGGGUGAGAUUCAUGAUAGCAAAAUGCGUCUAGAACAAGAUUUGAAGAAACAAGCUUUGGACAACCGGGAAAUAGAUAAAAAAAUGAACAGUAUCAAACCUGACUUGAUCCAACUGCGCAAGAUCCGAGAUCAACACCUUGUAUGGCUCAAUCACAAAGGAGUGAGACAGAAACGUCUAAAUGCCUGGCUGGGAAUCAAGAAUGAGGAUGCUGAUGAGACCUAUUUUAUCAAUGAGGAAGAUGAAAACCUGCCCCAUUAUGAUGAGAAAACCUGGUUUGUUGAGGAUAUCAAUCGAGUACAAGCAGAGGACUUGCUUUAUGGGAAGCCUGAUGGUGCAUUCUUAAUUCGUGAGAGUAGCAAGAAAGGAUGUUAUGCUUGCUCUGUGGUUGCCGAUGGGGAAGUGAAGCACUGUGUGAUCUACAGCACUGCCCGGGGCUAUGGCUUUGCCGAGCCCUACAACCUGUACAGCUCGCUGAAGGAGUUGGUGCUCCACUACCAGCAGACGUCCCUCGUUCAGCACAACGACUCCCUCAACGUCAGGCUUGCCUACCCUGUCCACGCACAGAUGCCCUCGUUCUGCAGAUAAAGUGGGAGUGGGAAGAGAGGUGGCUCUCUAGCAUUUUUUCUACAGUUUUAUUAGACUAUGAGGGCAUUCUUUCUACGUAGACUGCUUGUUUUGCACAAGAAGUGAUUCUGUGAAUGUGAAGUGGAGAGGCCGAGCAGCAGCGGUCAGGAGGGGGUGUAAGGGGCCUCUGGAUCUUGGGGACCCAGCUGUGCUGCUGCACUAGCAUAGGAAGCUGGAAGCAGAUGUGGUUUUUGGGAAGUCUGUUUCACUGGGGUUUUUGUUUUUUUUAGACAGGCACCCUCAACAGAACACAUUAGGCUUGAGGGGGUCGGGGGUUAUAUCUGGAAGCUUCUGCAGAGUCCAUGUCCUCUUUGGGUCUUCAACUCUGAGAAUGCGAUGGGUGUGGCUCUGUGGGAAGUUCCGUUUUGAUCUGGCAAUCUCUCUUAACUUCCUCCCACAGAGAAGGUUGUUUUGGUUCUGUGGUAGAAUGGCAUUCAGUGAAAAAGACAACCAAAGGAGAAUGGGGAGGCUUGGGAUUUCAUCUACAGACUCUCAGUCAAGGGGGUAAAAACCCUUUAGCUGAAGGUCUUGUGUUUCUUAAUCAACAUAACGUAGACAUCAGCAUCUCAUAGCUCCUCUCUCUAAAAAACAUUGUUUAGAAACCAAAUUGAUCCCAGAAAAACAAUGUUUGUUACAGGGCUAAGGUCUGAUGGAAGAAGGCAGCACUCGUGUCUGAAUGCAUAAUUCUGUACCGAAACUUGAAAAUAAAAAGAAAGCUAGAAUUUGUUAGUUUUAGCAAACACUAAAAUUGGUCAGUGUAACCCCUCUGCCCUGCCCUUGUUUCUCUAAGGUGAGGAAUAGUGGGGUUUUUUUUGUAGGCAUGGUAAGCUUUGAAUCAUAAAAUGAAGUUGGUGCUUGUGUGGUGUUUCCUUAGCCUAAAGAAUGAUCUGUUGUUUGAAACCUUUGUAACUUGUUUGUAUGAGUAAAGAAAAGGUGCAAUCCAGUGCUUUUAGAUGGCUUGAUAUACCAAAUAAUGAUAUAGAACAACAUUCUUACAUGUGCUUCCCCAAGUGUAAAGGCCCUGCAGAAACAGUGAUCACGUUAAUGACUCACCCCUGUCCUUUGCUGGGUAGGGCUUCAGGGCAUUCAUGGGUUGCUAAGGCUGUAGCAGGAAGGGACGAGAUUGGGGGCAGGAACCUCAGUGUAUCACAGACCCAGGGGCUCCGGUGUCCAGGGCAAGGAUUAUACCACAUUACCCAUGUGCUUCCAUACUUUUGUCAGGAAAGGAUCAGAUGGUUUGGAGUUCAGACUGUUAGUAAAAACCAUCUGGAGGCUCUUCUCUGCCUCUUCUGUGAUCCUGCCAUUAAGAUGAUGUGCACAGACUGUCCUGAUUUUAGGCCAGGAUCUUCUGCUCCAUGUGGUUUAAGCCUUCCAGCUGAGUGGAGCUAGGCGAAUGGAGUUGGCGGCAGGCAUCUCCUCCUACCUCCAUUAUGCCCUCCCCCAGCAGUUGACACUCAUUGGACAAAUAGAAUUCAGUUGCCUCUGAGCCAGUCCUGGAACCAGAAUAGGCUCAGAAUGAGUCAGCUGUUUGAGCCCAAAGCUGUGCAGUCAGGCAUCCUGGCUGAGCUAUGCAAGAAGCCAAUAGCUGGGUCUUGGUACUUAGGCUUACAGCUAGGAAAGCUCUCGUUUUGGGGAUGAAAGAAACAUAUUGCUUUUCCUGAGCAUUUAUCUUGGUUUCAGGGUCUAAAAUGAACUAUGACAUAGAAAUUAGACAUAGAUGAGGAUAGGAAGGAAAGGGCAUAUCUUUGGCUUUUCCUUGGUUACGUUGCAGUUUCAAAAUUGGAUGAGGCAGACAAAUGAAGCCCCUUCAGUGUCACUGUUCUAACUUAAGCCCUUAACUGAGUGAACUGCACAUCCCUUCCCCAAACUGCCAGAUUGAAAUCUUGCUGGAAGUUUUAGAGUAAUGGCAGGCUGAUUGUUGCUAGACACACCUGGGUAGCCUUGCACCUGGUGUUGAACCUGCUUACACGGUUAGUUGCUCAAGAUUGGGUGCAAGGAAUCCCUCCUUUCUGGUACUAAAAUUUAGUGUGCUGAAUGUCUUAAAUGAAAAUGGGGAUAAGGAUACACAACUGUAAUGUUGAACUGUAUGUUGCUCCUUGUCAGGCAGGUGUUAAGGGUGUGCAGGGAGAGAGCUAGCGUCAUCUGUUAUCUCACUUGGGAUGCUGGCUUGUGGAGAAGGGCUGCUCUUUUUUAGUCCUACAUUCCUUCACUUUUUGUUUCCUGUUUUUCAUUCUCCAAUUUGUUGCUUUGUGGGGACUAAGACCUAGGGAUCAUUUGAGAAAUUGAAAGUGUCUUUGCCACGAUUUGCUUGAUCCUGAUGAGUCAGUGGAAGUGGCAUAGGGACCAUGUGGAGCAGUACUAUGCUGCUUCUUUACUCUGUGGUCUAGGCAGCAAGCCUUGGCCUCCAUCUGAGUCUAGUUCUGUGUCCUGGGAUGCUUUUUAUGGCCUUAUUUAUGGCAUUUAUGGCAUCUUAACUGCAUCCUCACUGAGGCAGAGGGUAAAGAGACAGAACAAGACCAGAGUGGCCCAUUGCUUUCCUGGCUAGAGAAGCCAGCUACCAACAUGAAAGCAGCUUGGGGCAGGCUGGACAUAGCUCCUAGGCCCAUCUAUUCCAGAUGGAGCUUUCAUCACUGAACAAUGUUCUGUCACACUAGGCCAUAGAUGCUAAACCUUGGCCAUGGCUCAGGCCUCUCCAGGGUAGCUGUGUCCUUAUUGCUGAUUUAGUCAAGGUUGAGGAAUCCUAAUAACACUCCUACCCCAUUUCAUUUCCAAGCCCUGAUGGCACCUCCCAGUUAUUUUGGGCCUCAUGUGCUCUGGGAACGCUUUUUUGAGAGCCAGUAUGGUGUCUUCCAUGGGUUUUUUCUUGCUGCAAGGAACCAGCCUCCUGGGUCCUCUUGGGCCAAAAAUCGCAUCUGGGCAAUUCCUAGUUUUCAAGGUUAAGACUCCAGAGUAGUUCUCUAUGAGGCUUUAGUGGCCUCAGAGCAGAGGGUCCAGAUGGGGGUCUGUCUGGGCCCUCUGCUGCCAACUGCUCAGCCUUGCUCCAGCUCCAGCCACUUGUGACAACCUUGUUUCCUUACAGAUUCCAGCAUGUGACUUUGGUGCCCUGUUGUUACUUGUGAAAAACCUAUUCUGUUGUCUUUGAUGUAGUCAAAAAAAUUCAUGUAGUUUACGUAAAAAUACCUGAUUCACAAGGAAGCCAACUAUAUGUCUUGUGUUGGGACAGUUCAUAAUGUAGUUCCUAGACCACUUUUGCAAAUUGUUCUCGUCACCAGAUGUGUUCAGACAUUGCUGUGCAGUUGUAGGGGAGGGUGGGGGGAAGAUGGGGAAGAUACUUUUUGGUCUUUUUGUUUUGGAUCUUCCCCAAGAGGGGACAGUUUGGCCAACUUGCUCCAGUAAUGCAAUAAAGACAUUUCAAU